AUGGCCCACACCACUUUCCUCGUCGUGUCCGUAGUGCUGCUUAGCGUGCAUUCGCCCCGCGACUCGACCUGCAGCCGUCAGUACUGGACCCUGGAGGGCCUCAACGCCAACUGGGCCGGCAAGUACUUCUCGGGGGCCGACAACCGCACAGCUGUGUGCUCGGGGUCUGGCAUCGUGUUCGACCCUGUCACCUACGCCGUGGUCGACACCUUCGCGCUGGCGCCCUUCGAGGUGUCCGAUUACUACGACGAGGCCAAGGGCUGCUACGCCACGCUCGCCCUGGCGACGCACACGCUGCAGGAGGAGUACGGCAGGAUCGAAGACACGACACGCACGUGUCUGGUGCAGUACUCGGUCGAUAGUAAUGGCACGAUGGUGGAGGACACGACCAUCACCGGCGAGCGCUUCAAGACGCCGUGGCCGCUCAUCAACGGACGGCGUUGGGUGGAGCGCGGUACGGGCCGCAUGACCAACCUUGAGUUCAUCUUCUUUCACGGCCCGCGUACCGAGCUCGUGGAGAGCCUCUACUUGAUGUCGGUCGACCCCGAGACCCAAGGCCCGACCCAGAUGCUCAUGGUCAAGUGUGUCACCGCACCUUGA